ACAAAACUCACAACUUGAACUCAGAUCCCACUUUGAUAAAAGUGAAAGGAGUUCGGUCUGAGCCAACCAUGGUCGUUGGAUUUGAAUCAAACGGCACAUAUCACGCGUGUCUACUUAUGUCUCAUCGAAUCUGUGUGACACGCACUCACUCUCCCUUUCCUCUCUGUUCUUCUCCCCCUCUCUCCUCUCUGCAACUCACGGUGGUGGAAAAACCCUAACCACCGACGAAACGCAGUCGUUCCGCUCCCCAAACUCACUGUCACGUGCUUUUCCACCUCCGUUGGGAAGAGAAGGGAUUUCCAGGAAUUCGAGUUUCUGGAACCUGAAAUUGGGAGUUUUGUGAAUCAAUUUGUGGUCAGCUCCUUGUAAUUUGUAGUCGUUGCUGGUUAAAGCAUACAGUCCAUGGUCAGUACAUUUACCCAUGAAAUAGGCACACAGUAAGAUAACUGAUAGUGGUAUAAAUUAUUUGAAAUGGAUGUUCAAGUGAUAACCGUGGAAGAAGGAAGUGGUCAUCAAGCUAAAGCAGAUGAUGGGGAUGCUGAACCUAGUAGUGAUGGUGAAGUUAAUAAUGCUGAAAACUCAGGAUCUCGUGUUGAGGGUGGGAUUUCUGAGCCAUAUGUGGGUAUGGAAUUUGAGUCUGAAGAUGUUGCCAAGACUUUCUAUGAUGAGUAUGCUAGACGCAUGGGUUUUAGCUCUAAAGUUGGCCCAAAUGGUCAUCCUAAAGCUGAUGGAGCAAAUAUGUAUAGGGAGUUUGUGUGUGGUAGGGAAGGAUUGAAAAAAAGGCUUAAUGAAAGCUGCAAUGCAAUGCUUAGGAUUGAGCUAAAGGGUCAAAAUAAAUGGGUUGUAACAAAAUUUGCGAAGGAGCAUAGUCAUUCCAUGGUGAGUUCCAGUAAGGCACACAAUGUUCGGCCAAGUAAGCAUUUUUCAAGUGUUGGACGGACUAUGCCUGAAACUUAUCAAGGAGUGGGACUUGUUCCCAGUGGUGUCAUGUAUGUAUCUAUGGAUGGGAGUCGUGUUUCUAAUCAGAAUACUCGUGGGUUAAGGAAUAUUCAUCCUGCUAAUGCUGAACCAAGUCACCCAGUUAAAAAUUCCACGUUGAUGAAUUAUACUGUUAGGCCUUCUUUUCAAAACAGGACCAUGGGAAGGGAUGCUCACAAUCUGCUUCAGUAUUUUAAGAAGAUGCAGGCUGAGAACCCUGGUUUCUUCUAUGCUAUACAACUUGAUGAAGACAAUCGUAUGUGUAAUGUCUUUUGGGCAGAUGCAAGAUCAAGGACAGCAUACAUUCAUUUCGGUGAUACAGUUCAUCUGGAUGCAACAUACAGAUUAAAUCAAUACAGAGUGCCAUUUGCCCCUUUUACUGGGCUAAAUCAUCAUGGUCAAAUGGUCUUGUUUGGUUGUGCACUCCUUUUUGAUGACUCUGAGGCAUCUUUUUUAUGGCUCUUUAAGACAUUUCUGACAGCAAUGAAUGAUCGUCAGCCGGCAUCUAUAAUUACUGAUCAAGACAGAGCAAUACAGACAGCAGUUUCUCAAGUUUUACCACAAGCUCGCCACUGUCUUAACAAGUGGCAUGUCUUGAGAGAAGGCCAAGAAAAGUUGGCCCAUGUAUGUCUUGCACAUCCAAAUUUUCAGGUUGAACUUUAUAAUUGUAUUAAUAUGACCGAAACCAUCGAGGAGUUUGAGUCAUCUUGGAAUUUUAUCAUUGAUAAAUAUGAACUCAGAAGAAAUGAGUGGCUUCAGUCAUUGUAUAGUGCUCGUGCUCAAUGGGUUCCAGCAUACUUCCGUGAUUCAUUUUUUGCUGCAAUAUCUCCUACCAUAGGAUUUGAUGGUUCUUUUUUUGAUGGUUAUGUCAACCAACAUACAGCAUUACCAUUGUUCUUCAGGCAGUAUGAAAGUGCUUUAGAGAACUGGAUUGAAAAGGAAAUAGAAGCAGAUUUUGAGACAAUUAGCGCAACACCAGUUUUGAAGACACCAUCACCAAUGGAGAAACAGGCUGCUAAUCUUUAUACAAGAAAAAUAUUUUCAAAGUUUCAAGAAGAGCUUGUUGAAACUUUUGUUUAUACUGCAAAUAGAAUUGAAGGAGAUGGAGAAAAUAGCACUUUCAGGGUUGCAAAGUUUGAGGAUGACCAAAAGGCAUAUGCUGUCACAUUAAACCAUUCUGAGUUGAAAGCUAGCUGUAGCUGCCAAAUGUUUGAGUAUUCAGGCAUUCUUUGUAGGCAUGUUUUAACUGUUUUCACUGUGACAAAUGUACUUACAUUACCACCCCAUUACAUUUUAAAACGGUGGACAAGGAAUGCAAAAAGCAAUGCUGGAUUGGAUGAACAUACUGGUGAAUCACAUGUACAGGCGUCUUUGACAUCAAGGUAUAGCAAUCUAUGUCGGGAAGCCAUCAGAUAUGCUGAGGAAGGGGCAGUGACUGUGGAAACUUAUAACACUGCAAUUAGUGGUCUUAGAGAAAGUGUAAAGAAGGUUGCUGCUGUGAAAAGAAGUGUCGCCAAAGUUCCGCCUUCUAAUAAUCAGGGCAGUGGGACUGCUAGUGCUUAUGAUGACAGGAAAACUGCUACUUCAACUUUGGAUACAACUCCUCGUUUGUGGCCACGGCAAGAUGAAAUAACAAGGAGGUUUAAUCUUAAUGAUGCUGGUGCUCCUGUUCAAUCAGUUGCUGAUCUAAAUUUGCCACGGAUGGCUCCUGUCUCUCUUCAUCGAGAUGAUGGUCCAUCUGAAAACCUGGUCGUUCUUCCAUGCCUAAAAUCAAUGACAUGGGUCAUGGAGAAUAAAAACUCAACUCCAGGGAAUAAAGUAGCUGUUAUUAAUCUGAAGUUGCAAGAUUAUAGCAGGGCUCCGUCAACAGAAUCUGAGGUUAAGUUUAAUCUCUCAAGAGUUUCUUUGGAACCUAUGUUGAAGUCUAUGGCUUCAAUCAGUGAACAACUCUCAACACCUGCUAAUAAGGUUGCUGUAAUAAAUCUCAGGCUUCAUGAUACUGAGACAACCUCUGGUGAGUCAGAAGUAAGGUUUCAGGUUUCCAGGGAUACUUUGGGUGCUAUGCUACGAUCAAUGGCCUACAUCCGUGAGCAGCUUUCUCAUGCUGACGAUGCACAGUCACCCUCAGAACCUCAUUUGAAAAAGCAUAGGAAGUAAAAUAUGAAGUUUUUAUUUCAUAUCCAUGUGGGUAUGGCUACAUAUGUUGAUGGAAGCGUGUUGACCACUCAACCACACAAGAAAGCUUAGAAAUUGUAGUGUAUCUUUUAGUGUGUUUAGCUUCUUCUUUUACGUUUGUUGUUGUUUGUACAUGUAUCUGAUCGUAGUAGGUAGUAGCUUUGUUUUAUGCGAGGCAGUUAAAAUAUCUACUUCCUUUCGUCAAACAUCCACAAAUAACGAAUGAAAUUGGGUUUAA